GCCAGAUCGGGAGAUUCUUCAGUUCAGGGUCUGUCCAAUGGAGGAGGAGGAAGCUCUCUACUGUAUCCUUGAAUCAAUUAAUUAAACAAAUAUUGCAGCUAUACUAUGUGCCAAGGGCUGUGCUAGACACACUGAGCACCCCAAAGAGGAAGGUGGAAUUGCAUCCGGCUACCAGACUGAGUAGAUAUGAAACACCCCCUGCUCCUGGCCCUUCUCUUGCUGGGGACAGUUUCUGCUCUUCAUCUGGCGAAUGAUGCCCCCCCUUUGGAGAGUCCAAAGACAGAGACAAACCUGGUUCAGGAUCCAGCUGGCUCAGGGGGACAGAAGGGAGAGUCGGCCCUGACUGAAGAGGUGAUUCAAGAAGAGGAUGACAAAGUCAAGGCUUCAGAGUAUCAAGAAGACUUUGAGGACGAGGAGGCUGUGGGGUCAGGCCUGAAUGCCUUAGAGCAGGACUUGCUAUGCCCCAGGCAAGAGGAUACUGUUCAAAUUCAGGGAGAUUCCGGGUGUAAGACCUGUCGCUAUCUGCUGGUUCGAACUCCCAAGACGUUUAAUAAAGCUCAGAAUGUCUGCAGGAAAUGCUACCAAGGCAACCUUGUCUCCAUUCACAGCUACAAUUUCAACUCUCGUGUUCAUUGCUUGGCUAAUAAGAUCAACCAGGCCCAGAUCUGGAUUGGAGGCAUCCUCAAGGGCUGGUGGCUGUGGAAGAGGUUUUGCUGGACUGAUGGAAGCCUCUGGAAUUUUGGAUACUGGGCCUCAGGGCAACCUGGGAAUGGGGGAGGCCACUGUGUGGCCCUAUGUACUAGAGGUGGCCACUGGCGACGAGCUCCGUGCAAAAGGCACCUGCCCUUCGUCUGCUCCUUCUGAGUCAGUGGCACAGUGAACUAGCCUUGGAGUCCCACCACACCUCUGGCUGCUCUGCCCCACUCUCGGCCCUGGACUCUGCUCCCAGCCUCUCCUGGCCAUAAAUCCAGAUUUC